GGGCUUUUGACUAACAAAAAUGCAAACCUUGACCGAUUUCAGAAGUGAGACUUGUUGUUGACUCGUGACACGUGGCAUGAUGGGUAUUUGAAAUUAGGCGGCGAAAAACAGGGGAGAUGAUGUGAUGGCGAGAAGGCUAAGUUAAGGUAGUUCCAGAGACAGAUGUCUCUUGUGUUUUUUUUUUGAAGGAAAAAAAAUCCAAUGGAGGAGGACGAAGCUUUCAAAUCCGACAAACAAAUCUUAUCACCAACCAACAACCAACAAACAACAACAACAACAACAGGAGGAGGAGGAAGAGGAAGAAGAAGAGGAGGGAAGAAGCUGAACGCCUGCAGCAGACGCGGCGUUUCCGAAACGCCGAAUUUCAUUUCUCUCUUGCUGCUCAAAAGAAGAACCAAGGGAGGGGCGCGUCAAUGGACGUGAAGCAGCUGUGGGCGUUUGGGUUUGGCCGCGGAUUUUAAGAUUCCCUGAGGAAGGAAAAGAGGUUUGAUGAAGAUGAUGAGAAAGAAAAGCUGUCAGGUUCAUAGUGCCCCUCCUGACGGUAUCCCCAUGUCUCUCCAGAGUCCUAAACCCAAACGGAUCUACCAGCUUUGGCCCGGAAACAACAAAUUUUGUUGCGGGGGAAGACUAAUCUUUGGUCCAGAUGCAUCUUCUGUUCUCCUGACAAUGUGUAUGAUAGGAGCUCCCUCUAUCGGUUUCUGCGUCAGGAUGAUCUAUCUGAUCAGACAUCACGACCAUUUGUUCAACUCUCUUGUCUUGGCCGGUGCAGUUCUGCUCACUGUCUUGGACUUCACAUUUCUGUUCUUGACCUCAGCCAGAGAUCCAGGGAUUAUCCCGAGGAACAAAGAAGCUCCUGAAGCAGAAGGGGCAGAUGUUCCUACCCAAUCGAAGGAAUGGGUGAGCAAUAAACUCAUUAACGCGAAAUUACCUCGAACCAAAGAUAUAAUCGUGAACGGUUACACUGUCAAAGUGAAAUUCUGUGAUACUUGUCUGUUGUACCGUCCCCCUCGGGCGUCUCAUUGCUCGAUCUGCAACAACUGUGUCCAAAGGUUUGAUCACCACUGUCCCUGGGUCGGUCAAUGCAUCGCCUUGCGUAACUAUCCGUUCUUCAUCUGUUUCAUAUCGUGUUCAACCCUCCUCUGCUUGUAUGUCUUUGCCUUCUCAUGGAUCAGCAUAUUCAGAUUCCACGGCAAGAUGUUGAUCGAUAUCCCGUCUGAUCUCUUAUCGAUCAUUCUCAUCGUCUACUGCUUCAUCAUUGUAUGGUUUGUCGGCGGGCUCACCGUUUUUCACCUCUACCUGAUCUGCACCAAUCAGACAACUUACGAGAACUUCAGAUACCGUUACGAGAAGAAGGAAAACCCUUUCACCAAGGGAAUCCCGAGGAACUUCAGGGAGCUGUUCUUCGCCAAGAUCCCACCUCCAUUGAUCAACUUCAGAGACUUGGCACCGGAAGAACACGACGUGGAGGUCGGGUCCAUUGCCUCUGAGCUAGACAGAGACUUUGGCUCCUCGCACAAAUACGACAUGGAAAUGGUUGGUGGCAAGCCUGUCAAGGAGGGGACACUCUUACAGAACUUGGAGUACAACGCCGUCGCCGCCAUUGAUGAUUCGAUCAAGAGGAAAGGUUCGGGAGAAGGAAUUGCAGCGUUUGACCCGUUCUUCGUCGCGGGUCAUCAAGAACCGAUGAAUAUAAUGAGAAGCUCCAGCGUCGACGUGAGAUCCAGAUAGAUUCUAUCCUGCCGAUUCCUUUUUUCCCCCCUCUUCUGGUGAAGAAAAAAAAAAGACGAAGCCUUUGUGUUUAAGGACGCUGGUGCUAUAAUGUAAACUGUACUUUGGUAAUUAAAUUCAUUGAUCUUA